AAGCUGCUGCCGGUGGUAUCUGUCGGCCUCAUUAUCACCAUUUCUUGGUUCCAGCAAAUUGCUAUCCACUUUUCAAAGCUGAGUGGGACAUAAACCAAGAGAGGCUUCAGAGGUCCUCGGAGGGAGCAGGCAUCAACAAAACAAGCCCUUGGACAACUUUCACGUGUGAGAUGCUUCUAUGUCUGAAUGUGCUGGGGCUGCUUUUCCUGCAGGCCGCCCUUUCAAGCCCCAGGCCGCUCACCACGCCGUCCAGAGGAUGUCUGGGCUGCAAGGGAAAGCCUUCCCAAACGCCGGGAGAUUUAAACAUCAGCACUCUGGCUGCGGGAGAGCCGUGCGGGGUCUACACGCUCAGCUGUGCCAGCGGCCUGCGUUGUGCACCUGCGCCGAGCGACCCGCGGCCCCUCCGCACCCUGCUGGAGGGCAGGGGGGUCUGCAGCAACGUCAGUGUCAUCAGUUGGACGGAAAAGAGCCAGACUGCAGAUCCAGCACCUACUGAUGAUCCGGAGGAGGCUCCAUGUCGAAAGCUGCUAACAACACUUAUUAGAGGCCUGGAUACCCAUUUAUUCAAAUCGCAUCAUGACAUCUACAUGCCUAAUUGUGAUAAACGCGGCUUCUUCAGAAAGAAGCAGUGUUGGUCCUCCCGAGGUAAACAACGCGGUCGGUGCUGGUGUGUGGACGAGAGUGGCAUGCCAGUGACGUCACAUAAACACAAAGGCAGUCUGGCUUGUUGAUCCAUCUCAGAUUAAAGCAAAAAGAGACUAAAAGCUUUGUUGGUUGAAGAAAGAGGACCUGAAGGAAUUCACCUCCCAUACUCCAUGAGCCGGAUGCUGAUUCAUGUGCAACUUUGACUGUUGGCGCCCUCUAGCGACUACCCAGCGAACUGUUAUGCUCAGGCAGUCGUGUGCACAGCAGUGACAGGCACCGGUCACAAUGUUAGGUACACCUGUACAAACACAUGAGAUCCAAUACAGGAACAGGGACGUCUCUAAGACUGAGGUAUUAUAUUAGCAAUUACCACUUGUAGUGGUAAUAUAUAACUGUUUUUACAAUGGGAAGUUUUUAGAUUAGGUUAGAUAGAACUUUAUUGAGCACACGGCAGCAACAUUUUAUGUAGUAUACAUGACAAUAUUAGCAAUAAAAAGUUAAAUAUUCAGCGUAAUUUUAGCUCUAGUAUUGGAUCUCAUUAAGAUUGUGCAGCUGUCCCUAGAGAAGUGUCCGGUGUUUUUAUUUUUGUUAUUUUUGCCAAGUGUCACAUUAUAACAAUGUAAAAGAAUCAUUUACCAAUUACAAGAAAACGUUGUGUAUUGUUUGCAUAUAUCAUUUUCUAUAGCAUAUUUAUACAAAUCCAUAUUUUUACACCACUGCUAUUGUAUACAUAUAUUUGUACUCUUAUUUAUGGUCUCUUUCAUCCUUAUUUAAGGCAGUACUGAUAAGUAAUUAAGGGGUUAACAAAUGCUAAUUUGCAGGCUAAUAAAGAG